UUAUAAACUUACGACUUUUCAAAAUAAGAUGAUAUUUUGAAAUAAAUAAAAUAAGAUACAUUGUUAUAAAAAAUUGUAGGUUAUAUUCUUUCUUCUUACAAACAAACAAUCGCAAAAAAGAAAAUAGUUAAAUAAAAUCGUUUAUUGGCCUGCGGUGCUUGUGUAUAUCCUUAUAAUUGUAAACUUGACAAAAUAUAUAAAUUAAUGACGAUCUCAUUGAUAAACAGAAUUAACAUGCAACGAAAUCUGCUGUGUAGAGCCUUCUCCUGUUCUUCAAUUGCCAAUACAAAGGAAUGGCGGAUAUCAAAAGGGUUACCUGUUAAUCGUAAUGCAGAAGGAGUACUCCUCGAUGGUCCAGAUUACACAUUUUUAGACGGAAGACCUACGCCUUUGCUGAAUAAGCAGAAAGUAAGAAUAUUGAAACAAAGAGAAUAUGCCUCAAAAAUUGUUGAGUUAUGUUCAGAAUUAGAUUUCGCUAAAGAGCGGCAUCAAAAGAUGUUGAAGAUGGCUGCAGAAGAGAGGCAAAGAGUCAUCGACAACAGAUUGAAACCUAAAGGCAGGGCUCUAAAGUAAUAACCUGAUUAAUAUGAGCCAUAGUAUCUGUUAGUUGUAAUUUGAUUACUUGUUU